ACCCAGCUGAAUCUCGUUUGUGAAGAAAGACCUGCCGCAUCUGGUGGUUCAUUGUGGCCCUUGCGCUACACAACUUUGCAAUCGAUCUUCAACUUUUAUCGCCAGUUAUUAGUGCUGGAUUCAUCCACCCCGGAUCUCCUCCAACUAUUCCACCUUAAGAUAAGUUCUGCUUGGGUGACAACUUUCGCCGCUGAGCUGCAGACACAAUGCAUCCAAAUAUUCCGUUUUGGUGAUCAAAAACGUGUCCUUCUCCACUCAUUGGAUGGUGAAGCCCGGGACAUAGUGAGGGAUGAACAAACCCUGAAUGAUAGAGUCACA